UUUUUGAUUAUAAAGUGACGAACUUUUAUAAUUAAGAUACUGAAUCAGUAAGAGCCAACAAUGGCGAUGUUGGGUAAUGUUCUUCAUCUCUCUCCAAUGGUGUUAGCCACCACGACGACUACGAAACCAUCUCUUCUAAACCAGAGCAAGUGUACCAAAGCCACGCCAUCGUCGUUAAAGAAUUGCAAAACCAUAGACGAACUCAAAAUGUUUCAUCGUUCGCUCACGAAGCAAGGACUUGAUAAUGAUGUCUCCACUAUAACUAAGCUUGUAGCACGGAGUUGUGAAUUGGGUACUCGUGAAAGUUUGAGCUUUGCUAAAGAAGUGUUUGAGAACAGUGAAUCGUAUGGAACUUGUUUCAUGUACAAUUCUUUGAUUCGAGGAUAUGCAUCUUCUGGGUUAUGCAACGAAGCUAUAUUGUUAUUUCUUCGAAUGAUGAAUUCUGGGAUUUCUCCAGAUAAGUACACGUUUCCUUUUGGAUUGAGUGCGUGUGCGAAAAGCAGAGCGAAAGGUAAUGGGAUUCAGAUUCAUGGGUUGAUUGUGAAGAUGGGUUAUGCGAAAGAUUUGUUUGUGCAGAACUCGCUGGUUCAUUUUUACGCCGAGUGUGGAGAGCUUGAUAGUGCACGUAAGGUGUUUGAUGAAAUGUCUGAGAGAAAUGUUGUUUCUUGGACGAGUAUGAUUUGUGGUUACGCGAGGCGGGAUUUUGCUAAAGACGCUGUUGAUUUGUUUUUUCGGAUGGUGAGAGAUGAAGAGGUGACUCCUAAUUCGGUUACAAUGGUGUGUGUGAUAUCGGCUUGUGCUAAGCUAGAGGAUCUUGAGACGGGCGAGAAGGUUUAUGCUUUUAUCCGUAAUUCUGGUAUUGAAGUUAAUGAUCUUAUGGUUAGUGCACUGGUUGAUAUGUACAUGAAAUGCAAUGCCAUUGAUGUAGCAAAACGGCUUUUUGAUGAAUAUGGUGCUAGUAAUUUGGAUUUGUGCAAUGCAAUGGCAUCAAAUUAUGUACGGCAAGGGUUAACGAGGGAGGCUUUAGGUGUUUUUAAUCUGAUGAUGGACUCUGGUGUUAGACCUGAUAGGAUUUCGAUGUUGAGUGCGAUUUCAUCUUGUUCACAAUUGAGAAAUAUCUUGUGGGGAAAGAGCUGUCAUGGGUAUGUAUUGAGGAAUGGGUUUGAGAGUUGGGAUAAUAUAUGCAAUGCGUUGAUUGAUAUGUACAUGAAAUGUCAUAGGCAAGAUACUGCGUUUAGGAUCUUUGAUCGGAUGUCGAACAAGACAGUGGUGACGUGGAACUCGAUUGUUGCUGGCUAUGUAGAGAAUGGUGAGGUGGAUGCAGCCUGGGAAACAUUUGAAACCAUGCCUGAGAAAAACAUUGUUUCUUGGAAUACGAUUAUCAGCGGUCUGGUGCAAGGAAGUUUGUUUGAGGAAGCGAUUGAAGUUUUCUGUUCUAUGCAAAGCCAAGAGGGUGUCAAUGCGGAUGGUGUGACAAUGAUGAGUAUUGCAUCUGCUUGUGGGCACUUGGGAGCUCUUGAUCUAGCUAAAUGGAUAUAUUACUACAUUGAGAAGAACGGAAUUCAGCUUGAUGUCAGACUUGGUACAACCUUAGUAGAUAUGUUUUCUAGGUGUGGGGAUCCUGAAAGUGCUAUGUCAAUUUUUAAUAGUUUGACAAACAGAGAUGUCUCAGCUUGGACAGCGGCUAUAGGAGCAAUGGCUAUGGCAGGAAACGCUGAGCGAGCAAUUGAGCUUUUCGAUGAUAUGAUUGAACAAGGGUUGAAACCAGAUGGGGUUGCGUUUGUUGGAGCACUGACAGCUUGCAGCCAUGGUGGAUUGGUCCAACAGGGUAAGGAAAUUUUCUAUUCGAUGUUGAAACUUCAUGGAGUUUCUCCAGAAGAUGUGCACUAUGGAUGUAUGGUUGAUCUGCUUGGUCGAGCAGGAUUGUUAGAGGAAGCUGUGCAACUCAUUGAGGACAUGCCUAUGGAGCCAAACGAUGUGAUUUGGAACUCUCUUUUAGCUGCUUGUCGUGUUCAGGGAAAUGUGGAGAUGGCAGCUUAUGCAGCCGAGAAGAUACAAGUCUUGGCUCCAGAGAGAACUGGGAGUUAUGUUCUUCUGUCAAAUGUUUAUGCAUCAGCUGGAAGAUGGAACGACAUGGCGAAAGUGAGACUGAGUAUGAAGGAGAAAGGGUUACGUAAACCGCCAGGGACUAGUUCAAUACAGAUUCGAGGUAAAACCCAUGAGUUCACAUCAGGGGACGAGUCACACCCUGAAAUGCCAAACAUAGAAGCAAUGCUAGAUGAAGUUAGUCAAAGAGCGAGUCACUUAGGCCAUGUACCUGAUCUUAGUAAUGUUCUUAUGGAUGUUGAUGAGAAAGAGAAGAUCUUUAUGCUUAGCAGACACAGCGAGAAACUUGCAAUGGCCUAUGGACUCAUUAGCUCAAACAAAGGCACAACAAUCCGAAUAGUCAAGAACCUAAGAGUAUGCUCUGAUUGUCAUUCAUUUGCAAAAUUUGCAUCCAAAGUAUACAACAGAGAAAUCAUUCUAAGAGACAAUAACCGGUUUCAUUACAUCCGUCAAGGGAAGUGUUCUUGCGGUGACUUCUGGUGAUAGCAGAAACAGAACUAAAAGAAUAAUAGGAAGAUUAUGUUGAGACUGCAGCUUCCUCGGUGGAUGAUCAAAAGGACGAUCUGACGAGAUCCUAGAGUUUGACGGAUGACGAUCUCGAAGUUCUCAAAGGUUGUUUAGAUCUAGGCUUUGGUUUCAACUACGACGAGAUCCCUGCGCUCUGCAAGACUUUACCUGCUUUAGAGCUUUGCUAUUCAAUGAGCCAAAAAAAUUUAGACGAUAAGCAUACACCAUCACUCCAAUUGCCAAUUGGAAGAUCUCUAGUCCCGUCGUGUGUAAAUAUCUCAUAUUUUCCGUCGAUUGAUUAGGUGAUAAUCCGGAUGAUGUGAAAGCUAGACUCAAAUGCUGGGCACAAGCCGUUGCCUGUACUGUCCAAUUGUGCAGCUGAAUGAAUCAUUGUCACGUCUGACUCAGGAAUACUAGUGUAUGAACAAUCUCUCUCGGGCAUUGUUAGCGGAGGAGGAGAUUUCAGAAAGGCAUUGGAAGGUCUGAAUUUAACUGAACAUCAACAAUGAUUCUCACUUAAUUUCCAUGUAUGUGUAGUAGUAGUAUCUAGUCUAAUGAUUUUUAUGAACGGAAUUAAAAGGUAUCAGUGAAUAAAAACAUCAAUUUUUUUCCGC